AACUUGUUUUAUAGUAAACCUGAAAAAUAAGAGAGAACGAACGUAACGAAGCGUGCUACUGUUAGGUUUGUUUCGGGGCUUUGGCUUGGUACCUGUUUCGUUCUUCUACUUCUUCAGAUUGUUGAAGAAGAUUGUAUUGGCGAGGAAAUUGUUUUCCGCCCUUGCAAUCCGCCAUGGCUUGCAGAUCCCUUUGCCUGAGGGCCUCGCUACGCCGUCUCUCAUCGUCAUCUAGAAGAGCUCUUCAUAUUUCAAGACCAGUGUUAGUGGCAAGCUUUAACAUUGAUGAAUAUGAAGGAAUCGAUAUGAGGACAUCUGUACCUGGUCCCAAGUCACAGGAACUCUUCAAGGAACUAGAUGAAAUCCAGUCCUCAAAGGGAAUGAAGUACUUUGUUGACUUUGAGAAGAGCAAGGGGAAUUAUGUUGUGGAUGCCGAUGGGAAUGUCAUGCUUGAUGUCUACCAACAGAUUGCUUCCAUUCCACUCGGGUACAACCACCCAGCACUGUUGAAAGCCAUGCAAGAUCCUGAGAUUCUGUCUUCCAUCAUCAACCGAUCUGCACUUGGUCUACUUCCUCCAAAAACUCUCCCAAAAAACCUGAAGGAGUCAGUCUUAUCAGUUUCCCCUAAAGGCCUAACUGAGGUCACAACCAUGGCAUGUGGGACAUGUGCAAAUGAGAACGCCAUCAAGGCCGCCUGCAUUUGGUACAGGAAUAGAGAGAGGGGUUCAGAAACUCCGACGGAAGAAGACAUGAUUACUUGCAUGAAGGGACAAGCCCCAGGUUCUCCACCAUACACGGUGUUAUCAUUUACUGGAGGAUUCCAUGGACGUACACUAGGCUCUCUUACCCUUACAAGGUCAAAAGCCAUCCAUAAGGUUGACAUCCCAUCAUUUGACUGGCCUGUUGCAACAUUCCCUAAGUUGAAGUACCCUCUUGAAGAACAUCAGCAUGAGAAUGCAGCAGAAGAGCAGCGAUGCCUUGAUGAGGUAAAAGAAAUUAUCAGCACAUGGAACAAGGCAGGAAAACCUGUUGCUGCACUCAUUACUGAACCAAUACAAGCGGAAGGAGGUGAUAAUCAUGCAUCCCCAAAUUUCUUCAAAGGAUUGCAGGCAAUCUGUAAAGAGUUUGGCACUGCUUUUAUUGUUGAUGAAGUGCAGACAGGUGUCGGAUCGACUGGUAAAUUUUGGGCACAUGAGCAUUGGGACCUUGACGAGGCUCCUGAUUUCGUGACCUUCUCCAAGAAGAUGGCCAUCGGUGGAUUCUACUACAAACAUGAGUUCCGUCCAAGUGCGCCAUUCCGCAUCUUUAACACGUGGAUGGGUGACCCAAAUAAGAUGAUUCUGCUCCGAGAGGUACUCAAGGUCAUCAGAAAGGACAACCUUAUAGAGUACACAGCCGAGGUCGGCAAGGAGCUUCUCAAGGGGCUACUGUACAUUGAGGAGCGACACCCCGAGUUUGUGUCGAAAGCGCGUGGCUUGGGAACAUUCUGUGGCAUUGACCUUCCUGAUCUCGAAACGAGAACCAAGUUCCUGGGCCUAAUGAGAAACAACGGUGUCGAUAUGGACGGCUGCGGCGUCAAAACAGUCCGAUUCCGCCCCGCACUUAUCUUCGGCCACAAGCAUCUGGACCUCGCCGUCAAUACCAUGGACAGCGUGCUGAAUGGCAUGAAGGGAUCUCAGAAGACCGCCUCGGCCUAGCAACCACCAGCCUUAGCAGCCUACCAGCCCUAGCAACUCACCAGCCUUAGCAACUCAGUAGUCCUAGCAACCUACCAUCCCUAGCAACCUACCAGCCCUUUCAACUCACCAGGUCUAACAACCGAUCAGCGACUUUUCUCUAUGAACUUGAAUAAAUCUUCAUGACGCUUUGCGUGUGUAACCUUCUAGAGUCUUUACAGUGAGAAAAUUCUACUACUUAUCCGUUUUUAGCUUCCCGGCGCAGGUUAAUUUUUCUUACUCGUGCUUUUAUAUGUCCGUUUGCUUCGCUCUUUGCAAAUAACUUUUUUUUUUCACUUUGUUGAGGUAUUAGUUGCUUCUGUAACAACCAGAAGACGCUUUGGUUUGGGGGUAGGUCCCGGGUUUUCUGAACGUUGUUACAAGACGAAGAACUACAAGAUGUUUUUUUUUCUAGCGCAUCCUUUUCAAAUUCUCCAAGACAAAAUUGGAAGCCUUCACUGACACCCCGAAAAAUUCGUUAAGAUAAGGUUUAUAGCCAAUGGGUGUACGUAGGGCGACCUUCCUACGCGAGUGUGCCAGAGAGUUACCCUUGGACUGCCGUUACCUAGGUAAUGAUUACAUGUAUGAUUAUGAUUAUCGACUAUCACUUCGAAACAAUGUGGACACGCCCACAAUUGGUGAAUGGUCAACUUUCAUUGAUAUUCCAGUGUUUGUUUUGAUGUAGUCUAUGAAUUUCUGCUGGCGUGUGUCUGUAAAGUUGUUUUCUGACCUUUUCUUUUUUUAUACUUUAUAUGUGGCUAUACCUUGGGGUUCUGUUUCGAGGAUCCGCACUUUUCUGUGGUGUGGAGGUACUUUAGCAAGUACGACUACUUAAGAUUCAGUUCUCACUGACAAUAACGAUCUUUGAAUCAAAAUAAUAAUUUAGGCUAAGUUCAAACGUCUUAUUAUCCAUGAGCCGUAUACAAUGGAAAUACAUGCAAAUUUAUCAAGUCGAUUGUUUCAGCUUCAUUAGCAUGGAUUUGCCUCGAAUACGGCUCAUGGAUAAUACCACUUUUGGACUUUCGCCUAAGGAGGGUAUAGUAAUGUAUGUAACAAAGAUAACAAUAAAAAUUUGUGUGGUA